AUGCGUCUAGACGUCAAGAGACAGCUCUUUGCCCGCUCCGAGCGGGUCAAGGGCAUUGAUUUCCACAGCACCGAACCAUGGAUCCUAACAACGCUAUACAAUGGUCACGCUCACAUAUGGUCCUACGAAACCCAAGCAAUCAUCAAAACCUUCGAGCUUACCGAUGUCCCUGUCCGAGCCGGUCGCUUCAUCGAGAGAAAGAACUGGAUAGUCUGCGGCAGCGAUGACUUCCAACUGAGAGUUGUGAACUGGAACACAAGCGAAAAAGUCAAAUCCUUUGAAGCACAUCCAGAUUAUAUCCGGGCAAUUGUGGUCCACCCCACUCUCAGUGUUGUCCUAACCGCCUCGGAUGACAUGACCAUUCGCAUGUUCGACUGGGAAAAGGACUGGAAAUGUGUGCGAGAAUUCGUCGGGCAUCAGCAUUAUGUCAUGGGCCUUUCCAUCAACCCCAAGGACACCAAUGUUUUCGCAUCUGCCUGUCUCGAUCGAACCAUCAAAAUCUGGAGUAUCGACAAUGCUACAGCGAAACAGACAAUUGAGGCCCACGAAAAGGGUGUCAAUCAUAUCGACUAUUACCCCCAUAGCGACAAGCCCUAUUUACUCAGCACAUCCGACGACAAAACAGUCAAGAUCUGGGACUAUACCACCAAGGCUUUAAUUGCAACCUUGGAAGGACACACGAGCAAUGUCAGCUUCGCAUGCUACCACCCCGAACUCCCUGUCAUCAUAUCUGGCUCGGAGGAUGGAACCAUCAAGAUAUGGCACGCCAACACUUACCGACUCGAGCAAUCCCUCAGCUACGGUCUAGAAAGAGCGUGGUGUGUCUCCUACCAACGAGGCAAACAAGGUGUUGCUAUGGGGUUUGACGAUGGUGCUGUCGUGGUCAAAAUGGGUCGGGAAGAGCCAGCCGUUUCUAUGGAUGGCACCGGCAAGCUAGUCUGGGCUCGCCAUAAUGAAGUUGUUUCUGCCAUCGUCAAGGGUGGAGAUGCCUCUAUCAAAGAUGGCGCAGCCAUAUCCCUUCCCAGCAAAGACAUGGGAACUACUGAGAUCUACCCCACAACAUUAUCACACUCUCCCAAUGGCAGAUUUGUCAGUGUUUGUGGAGACGGCGAAUUCAUCAUCUAUACUGCUCUUGCAUGGAGAAAUCAAGCUUUUGGCUCAGCCCUUGAUUUUGCAUGGGGAUCUCAUCAAAAUCCUACCGACUAUGCCAUUCGAGAGUCGAGCACAAGCGUCAAGUUAUUCAAGAAGCUGAAAGAAAGCGGGAGUCUCGAUGUCGGCUUUCAAGCAGAAGGUCUUUCAGGCGGUGCACUACUUGGUGUAAAAGGUCAAGGAGGCGUUGGCUUUUUUGAUUGGGAGACCGGAACUCUCGUUCGGAGGAUCGAAGUUGAGCCUAGAGAAGUCUACUGGAGCGAGUCCGGCGAACUGGUCGCGUUGGCUUGUGCAGAUGCGACAUACGUUCUUCGAUUUGACCGAGAGGCGUACCUUGACGGCCUGAAUUCCGGACAAGCUGAUGAAGAUGGUGUCGAAGCUGCAUUCUCUGUUGUUACAGAUCUGCAAGAAACUGUCAAGAGUGGAGAAUGGGUGGGCGAUGCUUUCCUUUUCACAACUAAUGCCCGUCUCAGCUAUCUUCUUGGCGAGCAAGUCGUACAUAUCGCCCAAUUCGACCAGCCAAUGUAUGUGCUACGCUAUCUACAGCGGGAUGAGCGAGUAUAUCUUGCAGAUAAAGAUGUUGGUGUGGUCAGCUACAGCCUUUCGACAGCCUUGCUCUCGUAUCAAACACUAGUGUUGAGAAAUGACUUGGAUGCCGCCCAAGAGUUGCUUGACGACAUACCCCCAGAUCAGCUAAACAAAAUUGCGCGAUUCUUGGAGGCUCAGGGCCACAAGGAACUGGCUCUUGAUGUGGCCACCGAUCCAGAGCACCGCUUUGAACUUGCCCUUGGCCUGAACAACUUGACGGUGGCUCUGGAGAUUGCGCGCGAAUCAGAUAUCCAAGCUAAGUGGUCAGCAGUGGCAGAUAAAGCACUCGAAGCGUGGGACCUGAAGCUAGCAGAAGAAUGCUUUCUCAAUGCCAAGGACCUGGGCAGUCUUUUGCUUCUGUACACAAGCUCGGGAAACAGUCAAGGCUUGCUCGAGUUGGCAAAACAAGCUGAAGAGUCAGGCAGCAACAACAUUGCAUUUGCCAGUCUAUGGUCCACGGGUGACAUACCGGCCGCGCUCGAACUUCUCAGACGGACUGGCAGGCUCAGUGAAGCGGUGCUGUUCAGCCAGACGUACAAACCAUCGAAAACGAAAGGACUGGUUCUCGACUGGAAAGAGAACCUUGAUAAACAGGGCAAGAGCAAAGUUAGCCGCUUGCUGGGAGUUCCAGGCCAAGAUGAAGACUUGUUUCCAGAAUGGGACGAGUAUAUCAAGCUUGAAGAGGAAGGCGGUGCAAGGAAUGGCGAUCUGGUCGAUGUUAAUGGCGCAGAUGAAGAACCGGCAACAAACGGCACAGCAGCCGAUGAUGAUGACGACGAUGAUGCCGUGGAAGAGGGUGCAAAAGACGCAAAUGAGACUGCUGCUUGA